GGGACACCAGCUCUGCUCGGCACAGUAGGUACCUGGGUACUAGCGAUCUAUGCUCCUUGAGCGCCAAGUCUACCGUAACUUUCGGAGCAACAGGACAACAUAUGGGCAGAACUUGAAGCGCACUGCAGUAUGGGACUCGGAGGCCAUCACUGCAGUGGCAGUUGCUUCCACCGCAGUCCCUACUCCUGUCACGUGACCAAGUAGGUGCCUUGCGGAUCUUGUGCCUGAUGAGAUGGACUCGGAAAAUCUAGCUUGGAUGACCGUAUCUAUACUACGGACCAAGGGUUUUAAGCAUAUCAGAGCAAUUAGGCCUAUGGCCUGCGACGACUUGCAGGUACUGAUACCUGUAUUUGACCCUGAUCGUCCCAGUUCGUUCGAGUCCGAAAACCGGGGGCAAUGUUACAGCCAAUUGUGACAAACAGGACAAACACCAGGGUCUCUGUUUCCAGCUCACCCACACUGGCAUACAACAAGUACCAAGUUCCUAUGAAAUGCCAGAGCUAUAUUAUACCGUGCUCUGUGAAUCUGUUACACGACAGUGCUGAUCAGAGAAGAGUUGACAAUAUCCCUAUCCUGCCCCUCCAUUUAGCGAACUCGUCAUUAUUCGCGGCCUCCCCCUGUUAUUCAACAUGUUUUGGACAAUCGGUUGCAUCUACGGUGCCUCUUCCGUCAUGCUAGGGGCAUUCGGAGCUCACGGCUUGAAGAAACGCAUUGCCGAUCCUUCUAAACUGGCAAACUGGCAGACUGCCGCUCAUUAUCAGAUGAUCCAUAGCGGUGUCCUCCUGCUUGCUUCUGCAAUAGCUCCAAAGAACAAAACGGCUGCGGUGUUGCUGACUGCUGGAAUGACGAUGUUCAGCGGCAGCUUGUACCUUCUCGUCCUCGACCCUCAACGGUUCAAAGCCCUGGGGCCAGUCACUCCGUUAGGCGGCUUGUGCUUGAUCGCGGGAUGGGGUGCACUCGCCUUUGGCAGUAGAGGAAGGCUGAUCGCGUGAGGCCAACACCAAUGGCAUUCGAACUCCAUUGUAAUAUAAUAAUUGUUUUAUUGGGAAUAUCCUCCGGUAGGAUUGGCGUGUACAGCUUCGAUGGUAUGGAUUGCUUGGUUAUAUCUCUGCUCUGACACACACUGGCGUUCCCCCUGAAGGGGGAGCCCGCUUGAUUGCUUCACGGACCAAACAAAUCUGGACAAUACUGAAUGCCAAGGCGCCUUUGGCAACACAUUUGCUGAGGAGUACAGACAACCUGCCUUUACCAAGGCUGCGUUCUCAGGAACCCGGGGUAGUCGAUGUCAAGAUGCCACACAAAAAAUAUUGGCAUCUACGAACGAUGUCUAUGGUGUCUCGAUGAUAAACCCCUUAAUAGUACCAGUCAUAUCCUUCCCUAAGCCGUGGCAACAACUUGAAGCCCGUCUAUUCAACCAAACAACCCAAGAAUAUCGUAUGUACAAAAUGGCUCAUCCGCAAGUUAUUGACAGGAAUACUGCGGCGCCUCUCUAGUUGGAUAUGAAAGACCAUUGCACCGUCUGAGGUGCAAAGGCUCUAGUCGAAGACCAUAUCACACAUGUCCGCUGGUUGCGAGGCGAUAUUAUCUGUUAUUGGAAUGCCUUCGAACUUUGUCGAACGUCCAAAUAGUUCCGGCUUAUUAAAGUAUGAACUUACAACAUUGUACAGUAGUAGGUAUCUACAGUUGUAGGCGGGUACCCAAGCCAGCGAGGUCUUUCGGAGAGGGGCGUCAAGAGACGAAAAAGGUCGGUGUUAGUCCAAUGGUUGAAUGAUGAUUUGGCAAUCAGACCUGGCAGAGGAAUUGUGAACGGCAGUGCUGGUUGUUAAACCAUGGACCAGUCCUUUGCUCUACUCAUUUAUAGAAUGCAUACCUACUUUACACGGCG